AUGGCAGCAGCAGGAGCAUUAGCAGCGCCAGGCCAACUUAACCUGACAGAAUCACCUUAUUGGGGUUCAAGAAGCGUUGAUUGUUUUGAGAAAUUAGAACAGAUUGGUGAAGGCACUUAUGGUAAAGAUGCUUUCUUUUACCUUGUGCGUGUUGAUUUUGAAUUGGGUGGUUUCAGCCAGGUUUACAUGGCUAGAGAAAUAAAGACUGGUGAAAUUGUUGCUUUGAAGAAAAUAAGAAUGGACAAUGAGAGAGAAGGGUUUCCUAUAACGGCAAUACGAGAAAUCAAAAUUCUAAAGAAGCUACAUCAUGAAAAUGUGAUUAAGCUGAAAGAGAUAGUGACAUCUCAAGGCCCUGAGAAAGAUGAUCAAGGGAAGCAAGAUGAUAACAAGUAUAAAGGUGGGAUUUACAUGGUUUUUGAAUACAUGGACCAUGAUUUGACAGGUCUUGCUGAUCGUCCUGGGAUUAGAUUUUCAGUUCCACAAAUUAAGUGCUACAUGAGGCAGCUUCUGACAGGGCUUCACUAUUGUCACAUAAAUCAAGUGCUUCAUCGAGAUAUUAAAGGCUCUAAUCUUCUGAUAGACAAUGAGGGUAAUCUGAAGCUUGCUGAUUUUGGGCUUGCCCGAUCAUUCUCAAACGAGCACCAAUCAAAUCUUACGAAUCGUGUUAUUACUUUAUGGUACAGGCCUCCGGAGUUGCUGCUUGGGUCAACAAAGUAUGGUCCAGCUGUUGAUAUGUGGUCUGUUGGUUGUAUCUUUGCUGAACUUCUGCAUGGAAAGCCAAUUUUCCCUGGGAAAGAUGAGCCUGAACAACUAAAUAAGAUUUUCGAGCUGUGUGGAGCUCCAGAUGAGUCUAACUGGCCUGGGGUUUCAAAGAUUCCUUGGUACAACAAUUUCAAGCCAACAAGGCCAAUGAAGAGACGUCUCAGAGAGGUUUUUAGACAUUUUGACCGCCAUGCCUUGGAGUUGCUGGAGAGAAUGCUGGCUCUUGAUCCUUUACAGAGAAUUUCGGCCAAGGAUGCACUUGAUGCUGAGUAUUUCUGGACUGACCCACCACCAUGUGACCCUAAGAGUUUACCCAAAUAUGAAUCAUCACAUGAGUUUCAGACAAAGAAAAAGCGCCAGCAACAAAGACAGCAUGAAGAAAAUGCCAAACGUCAAAAACUACAGCAUCCACAGCCACAUUCCCGCCUUCCACCCAUUCAGCAGUCUGGGCCACGUCCCCAAAUGCGGACAGGGCCCAAUCAGCCCAUGCAUAGUUCUCAGCCCCCAGUUGGAGGUCCUGGCCAUUACGGGAGGCCUCGUGGACCUGCUGGUGGUCCAGGUAGAUACCCUCAAAGUGGAACGAGUGGGGGAUACAACCACCCGAGUCAUGGUGGUCAAGGUGGAGGAGGUUAUGGUAGUGGUCCAUAUCCUCCACAAGGACGAGCCCCACCAUAUCCCUCUGGUGGCAUGCCUGGUGGUGCUCCACGUGGUGGUGCGGGUAGUGGAUAUGGAGUUGGUGGUCCAAAUUAUCCUCAAGGUGGUCCAUAUGGUGGUUCUGGUGCUGGGCGUGGCUCAAACAUGAUGGGAGGAAACCGCAACCAGCAAUAUGGUUGGCAGCAGUAA